AUGAGACCAUUGUCCGAAUCAAAGUCGAGAUGGGAAGAGACACUGCGAUAUAGCUCCAAGCCCUCCAGCUUCUCGGAUCUUCAGCAGGCCAUCAGAUGCCAUCCCCAGGACAGUCCAUGUCUUACAGGAUGUCGCUCCGUUUGCUGGAAGAUCCUCCUUCUAUUUCGAGACUCACCAACUGAAAAAUGGGCCGAGACAUUGAGCGGAUGUCGCAACGCAUAUACCGCCAUCUACGAGAAACAUCUUCGCUUUAUCAAACAUCCCGAACUUCUAGCCGAACUACCGGUUGACCCCCUGGCAGACGACCCCGACUCUCCUUGGGAAGUUGUGCGCAAAGAUGAGCUCAUCCGGUCCGAGAUACUGCAGGAUGUCCAACGACUGCCGGAUGACCCCCUUUAUCACCAAGACUCUGUCCAGGUUAUGAUCCUUGAUAUCUUGUUCCUCUACUGCAAAAUUAACCCUGGCGUGGGUGGCUACCGCCAGGGAAUGCAUGAACUUCUCGCCCCUAUUGUUCAUGCUCUUACCCAGGAUGCUCUGGACCGAAAGACGGUAGCAGCCGACGAUGAGGAGGUCGACCCUCUUAUGCUUGACAUGUUGGACUCAGCCUACGUUGAGCACGACGCUUACACUAUUUUCUCCAUGCUCAUGGCACGUGCAAGCGCCUUUUACGAAGUGGGCAGUGAUAAAACGGGGGAACAAAACACCAUCAUCGAGAAGAGUAGGCACAUUCACGACGAGUUGCUGAUGCAGGUGGACCCUGAACUUGCAAGCCAUCUCAAGGAGGUUGAAAUUCUUGCUCAGAUUUUCCUCAUUCGUUGGAUCCGCCUUUUGUUCGGCAGAGAGUUUCCUUUCGAACAACUGCUUGUAUUAUGGGAUACUAUUUUUGCUCUUGACCCGAACCUGGAUCUGAUAGAUCUGAUAUGUGUAGCCAUGCUACUGAGAAUUCGAUGGACAUGUGAGACCAUUCUUCUUUCUUUCUUUGACACUUUCCAAGUCAAAUUGCAAGCGACUGACACCAAGGGGGAAAAAACAGUACUCGAAUCUGACUAUGCCAUGGCCUUACAACUCCUCCUCCGCUACCCAGUCCCUCCAGAAUCACAAGGACCUCACACCUUCGUCGACGACGCACUCUACCUACGAGACCACCCCAACGCAGCUGGUGGCGCUACCAUCAUCUUCAAACACACCGGAAAACACCCACUCUCGCUCUCAUCAGCAACAGCAGCUCCUCCUUCAGUCACCAGCCCAGGGCCCCUUCCUCAACCACCAGCCUCCCCCUCCAAACACAGCGGCUUUGGUAGCCUACGCCAACGAACCCUCGGAGCCCGCUCACCCCUUUCCUCCCUCCAACAACCCGGCGGAGUCGAAGCCCUUCUCUCCGGCGCUGCUAAAAACAUGAUCGAACGCGGCGAGAAGCUAGGCAUCAACCAAGCUGUACGGGACGCCAUGGGUGAGAUCAAGAAGGGUAUCCAGGAAGCCCGUUCAUCUGGUAGUAGGACUCCAGCAGGCCGUGGCUCUGGCUCUUUACGAGACGGGUAUCAGAACCAGAACCAGCAGGUCUACCACCCGCCACAACACACGGUUGCGAGCAUGCAGAGGAGGAAUAGGCAGCUAGCUGCCAUGUUGGACGAGUCGGUUACUAGUCUCAAACAGCUUGCUGCUGCUUCGGGGUUAGGAGGGGAAACGGCCGCCGAUGACAAGGAGAAACACGUCGAAACCGUGGAGCUUGCCGCGGCGAGGAUCCAGUUUGUUAAAGCGUGUCUGGAGGAUUCAUCGCUGAUAUUGCCUGAUUUGGAGGAGUCCGCCGCUGUAGUUCCUGAGCGUGAGCCGCAAGUACAAGUACCGUCGUCCCCACCACCCUCGGCUUCAGCUCCAGCUUUCAACGCCCUCAGUCUCUCACCUUCUCACCACAGAGGCAGCGGUGAUUCGAGGGCGCCUACUGUUGCGUUGGAUACAACGCCCGUGGUGAUGACUUCUUCGGUUGUGGAAGAUGAAGCAGCAGAAGGGGAAGGGGAAGAGGAAGGGGAGGUUAGUAUAUCGCAGGCAUCGACCAUCACUACUUUUCCCUCUGCACCACCAGGAACAAGAGUGGAAGCAGAUGAUGAACCGCCCGAGCCCCCAACGGAGAUGAUGGCCACGCUCCAUAACAACAUCACCAGCAUAAACAACAAACCCAAAACUGACCCCUCAUCAUCCCCUGUUGCCAGCCAAAAACUAGACUCAGCCGAUCCAGAACCACCAUCAUCAUCAUCAUCAUCAUCAUCACCACCACAACCACAACCACAACCACAACCACAACCAGAAUCCCAAGAACCACAACCAGAGCCCCAAGAACCACAACCCCCAACACGCCCCCAACCAACCCCUCCCCACCCGCUCAACAAUAGCCCAAUCCUCCUUCGCGUGGAUGCUCGAACCCGAAGAUUCUCCCCUCCCACCGCUUAUCCCCGGCCCCGCCUUCUUGUCCUCCUCCUCUUUAUCGCCAACUAA